AAUUCCAAACCAUGGCUCUGUCCUGCUGUAAGGGGCUUGCUUUCUUAGCAAUCAUCACGUUUACAGAAAGUUGAUCAUGUUCACAAAGCAUAAAGGAGAGCUUGGAGUUUCACUGUAUCAGUGCUUGAUUGUGUCACUGAUUCUGGCAACGCAGUUACAAGCUAAAGUGAUAACACAGGGCAACAUAACUGCAACCCUGGACCAACCUCUUACCAUCAGAUGUAAUGUGACCAUAGAGGCUGGAACGAUAGUAAAACAGGUCAGGUGGCAGAAGAACCCAGACAAGAGCAUUGCUUCAAACAACCAGAAUGACAAUGCAGUGGUCAGUGAAGAAUAUCGUGGCCGAGUAAAUAUAUCCCUCUACAAACCACAGACGAGUUCCAUUACUUUCAGCCUUAUCACAGUUACCGAUGAGGGAUGCUACACGUGCUUAUUUGAUACCUACCCUGAAGGGGAGCAUCAUGAGAAGACAUGCAUCAGUAUAACUGAUCGGGUUAAGACUGAAGGAAUUGUGACAGCAGAUGUGGGCCAGCCUGUUACCUUGAAGUGUUAUUAUGGGAUACCCAAGAGUGUUCACCAGGUCAGGUGGAAAAUGUUGCAAAACAACAAACUUGAGGACCUGGCUUCAUACAAUAUAAGAUUUGGAGAUAAUGUCAAACAUAAAUUUAAAGAUCGAUUCAGUAUUUAUCCUGGACUAAGCAACACUGCUAUUUCUAUAAAAACAGUAACAAUAAGUGAUGAAGCAUGUUACCUCUGUGAAUUUGAUAUCUUUCCUCAUGGAGCAAAGAAUGGGAGUACGUGCUUGAUUGUAUAUGUUUUGCCUAAACCUGAACUACACCUUAAACGUUUACAAGAUGGAAUCCAAGCCAACUGCACAGCCUCUGCUAAACCAGCACCAGAGAUUACAUGGAAUAUUGCAGGAGGAAAUAACACUGAAAACGUCACCACUACUAGUGAAAUGCAUCCAGCUGGGAUCACAUUGGUGGUUAGCAGCUUGUUUCUACAGACCAGUGUUUCUGAAGAUGAUAUCAUUUGCGUGGUCCAGCAUCCUGGUCUGGAGAGUCCAAUCACAGUAUCUAUGAGUGAUCAAGGAGCAAGUGGCAGGAAUAUCCUCAUGGUUUGCACAGCAUUACUAGUCUUCUGUUUAUGUGUAUGAUUGUGGAGAUGUCUGGUACAUAAGGACUGGUGACUGAUGGAUGAUUACUCAAGACAGCUCCAGUAGGAAAUACACUACUGCUGGCACACUGUAUAGAAUGAAAAAAUGAUGUCACCCAUAUGUCACAUAUUUCCAGAUAAUUACAGUUGGUCAUAUUCAGUUCAUUCAGUGUGUGAUUUUAGGGUUAGAAAUUGCAGUAUCAAAAAGUAUAACAUUCAAGCAUUUUGGAACUGCCCCAACCAGUUUAAGGUUAACCUUUCUAAACUACUGGUAAUUCAUAUGUUCGCUGCAUACAUUUCCAGUUCCAGUUACUGAUUGUUCUAAGACCACAAGUAUAUAUUCUAGAUCUUUCACAAAAGUAACAUUAAGGAAGGUUUCUUUAGUUUCUCAAUAACAGUACUGGGAGUCCCAACAAGGGAUCUUACGCAAUCUUAGUUCUUCUGGCUUGGUGUUUGUCUUUUAUUCACGGGUUCUUGGAAUCCAUUGUAAUAAACCCAUGGUAACAUGUUAUCAACAUUAUGCAAGAAAACAAACAAGUUAAAUAAUGUAUAAUUAUCUUUUACAGCAAUACGGUAAAUAGUAUAUUAUAUCUGAAGUUAGUAGGUCAA